AUGUUUGCCACCAUCCAUAAGAAACGAAACCACAUCAGUAGAAUUAAAGAUAAUAGUGAUGCUUGGAAUGAUACGCCUCUUUUGGGUACUGUCUUUGUUGAGGCUUUUAGGAAGCGUUUUACACAAUCUGAUCCUAUUGCUCCUGCUAGUGUUCAGGAUUUCAUCAGCAUUAUUGAUCCGUGUAUCUCCACUGAGGACAACUCGAUCCUCAUGGCUAGUGUUUCUGAGUUGGAAGUGCUUGAAGCCGUUAAAAGCAUUGGUGCACUUAAAGCACCUGGCCAUGAUGGUUUACAUGCAAUUUUUUUCCAUCAGUACUGGGCUGAGACUAAGCACUUUCUCAUUCACUUGGUUAGGGAUUUCUUUUUGAACAAUCUUCCUCUCAACCCCAUCAACCACACCAAUAUUGCUCUUAUCCUCAAGAAUGAUAACCUAAAGACUCUGGAUCACUUUAGACCUAUUAGUCUUUGUAAUGUGGCCUAUAAGGUUAUCACAAAGAUCAUCAUUACUCGACUGAGGCCUAUCCUUGCCAAGUGUAUCUCUCCCAAUCAAGGAGCUUUUGCCUCGGGGAGAUCCAUUUUUGAUAAUAUCUUAAUUGCCCAUGAAUUAUUUAGUGACUUUAAGAGGAAGAAAAGUUCCUGUGGAGCGAUGACACUCAAAUUAGACCUCAAGAAAGCCUAUGACCUUUUAGACUGGAACUAUAUAAGAGCUUGUUUACUCAGGUUUGGGUUCAGUGCCUUUUGGUGUGACAGAGUUAUGAACUGUAUCUUUACGACUUCUCUCCUCAAUGGCAAAACGGAAGGUUUUUUCAUUCCGUCCAGAGGGAUUAGGCAAGGGGAUCCCCUAUCCCUUUAUCUUUUUAUUCUCUGCAUGGAACCGUGUAUUAGGCAACUCAAUAAGUUAACUAAGUCCACUAGAACCCAGGACCCCCAAAAUGCAAGAAAGCUAAUUGAAAGAAUUCGAUCCAAGUUUGCUAGGUGGAAAGCUAACACCCUUUCUAGAGCCGAGAUGAACAGGUGUUGCAGAUCUUUCUUUUGGGGCAAGGAGGGUACUCCUCUUGUUGCUUGGAAGGAUGUAUGUAUGCCUAAAGACCGGGGUGGCCUAGGUGUGAAAAUGGUAAAGCUUUUUAAUCUCGAUGCUCUUGCAAAGUUGGGGUGGAAAUGCAUUACCGACCAAUCAAACUGGUGGGUUAAUGUGACGCCAGAUAGGUUUUGUGCAAGGGUCUGA